AUGAAGCUCAUUCUCCUGGUUUUGACCGUUACCCUGUUCCUGGUCCAGGUCACCCAAGCCAUGUACUGCUGGAGUAAGCUGGGAAGGUGCAGAACAGCAUGUAAAGACAGUGAAGCAUUCCAUAUAUUAUGCAGAGAUGAGACUAAGUGUUGUGUCAAUCCCAAGCAUGUACCUGUCAAAACUAGACCCUUAAAUGCAACUGGAAGCCUGGAGUAAC